AUGUAUAUCUUUAGCUGUACGCUUUAUAGACUAAAUGACGCUUGUGCUUUUAAGGCCAACCGCAUUUUCAAUUGUUUCCAUGAAGCAAUUGGUGAAACGAUAGCACUUUCCGUUUCAUCUCCUCGGCAUCUCCAAACCCUUGGUCUGGUCCAGCGAUCAGUGGAUGAUACAGCUCAUGACAUCAAUUACCUCUUCACCCAAGCCAUGGACAAGCUGUCGUUUCUGCCCUUCGCGCUGGUCAUGGAUAAAUGGAGAUGGGAUGUCUUUACGGGUGACGUCAGAAAGGAGCAGUACAAUUGUCACUGGUGGAGACUCAGAGAGCAGUACCAAGGCAUCAAGCCACCAGUUCUACGUUCCGAGCUGGACUUCGACCCAGGUUCCAAGUACCACAUUCCAGCCAAUAUUCCUUAUAUCAGAUACUUAACAUACUGCUACCAGUAUGCUAAACAAGGUAUAAAAAGCAAUAGGACUGCAAUAGGCUGA